AUGGCAGACGAGAAAGUCCUGAUUGGAAUCAUUGGGGGAAGUGGUCUCUACCACGUCGACAACCUAACGUUUGUCAAGUCUGUGAACCCAGAAACUCCAUGGGGUCAUCCCAGUUCUCCAAUCACCAUCGCAGCCCUACCAUCGGGCACGCAAAUUGCCUUCCUCACACGCCAUGGGGUAGGACACUCCAUAAACCCCUCGUCUGUGCCUUCACGGGCGAACCUGGCAGCCCUCAAGUCGCUCGGUGUACGCGCCAUUAUCGCCUUCUCCGCCGUUGGCUCCCUGCGUGAGGAGAUCUCCCCUGGCUCGUUCGUGAUCCCGACUCAGAUCAUCGACCGCACCAAGGGUAUCCGCCCUGCAUCUUUCUUCGAGGGCACGAGCAUCGUCGCCCACGCCAUGUUCGGCGAUCCGUUCAGCAACAAGCUCGUCAAGUGGCUGGAGGGCCGCGUACAGAAGGCACUGGAUGCGGAGGGCCGUGGCGUUAAGCUGUUCACGGACAAGACGAUCGUGUGCAUGGAGGGGCCGCAGUUCUCGACUCGUGCGGAGAGCAUCAUGUAUCGCCAAUGGGGCGGCGAUCUCAUCAACAUGAGCGUCCUUCCUGAGGCCAAGUUGGCGAGAGAGGCUGAACUUAGUUAUGCUCUGAUCGCCACUGCGACCGACUACGACUCCUGGCGCCCACAAUCCGAUGCUGUCACCGCUGCCGAGGUGUUCAAGACAUUGAAAGCCAACGCAGACACCUCUCGCCUUGUAGCCGCGACCGUCCUCGACGAUCUCCAAGCUGCUCUGACCAACGAUGAGGCCAGUAUCUUUCUCGAGGAGGUUGGCGGCAUGAAGUUCAGCAUCAUGCCCCGAUCAGUGAAGCAAAAGGCAGAGGAUCGCCAAAAGCUCGCGUUCAUCCUCCCGGAGUACUUCACCGGCGAGGAGGGGCACCAUGCGGGCUCUGCAUAG